AUGGUUACAUCUUCUGGCAAUCGAAACCCAGAGAGACCUUCUUCUAAAUUCACUUGCGCUAUCAAACUUGGAUAUGAGGAUAUAGCUGAAAUUGUCCAUAACAAGGUUUUGAUAUCAGCUGGGGUCUCGGCGGCCGUUGGGCAGCUCUCUAAGCCAUUCACUGCCUCGCUUCUUUAUGGCAAGAGUUUAGAUUUAAAAGCUGCGGUUCAGGCUGGCGGCUUCCCUUCUACCCAUUCCUCAUCUGUUGUGGCUGCUGCAACAUGUCUUGCUCUUGAAAGGGGUUUCGCGGAUUCUUUUUUCGGCCUAACUUUGGUCUAUGCCGGCCUUGUCAUGUAUGAUGCCCAGGUCCUCAUACGCAGCGAAUGCCUGCUAUUUACUUUGGAUCUUUUUAAGGCUUUUCUAAUGCUGAUAGUACAUUAUUCGGAGUUUCUCAGAUUUUUCCUCUUGCAGGGGGUGAGGAGAGAGGUGGGAAUUCAUGCAAAAGUAUUAAACAAGUUGCUAUCAAAGACUCAGCAGGUUAACUCAACCGUUUCCUCCCAGGAUAUGGAUCAUGUGAUUGAUUGUCAACAGGAAGGAGACUUAUCCAAACUGAAAACAAACAGCCUAGGCCCCACUUCUUUUUCAUCAACAAAUGUUUCCCCACAGUUACUAAACCAGACAAAACAGAUGUUAAUGUCUUCCGUUGAAGAAGGAUCAGAGAGACGUCUGGAUAUUAACUCAGUUGUCUUAAAAGAGUCAAUUGGCCAUACGGAGGUUGAAGUUAUAGCAGGUGCUUUUCUAGGAUUCUUUGUUAGCUUGGCGGUGUAUGCCAUAAUGUGAGAUGAUAUAUAAUACUUGAAACAUUCAACAAAAUUGUCCUUCUCUGGCAUUUAUUUGGCAAGUUCAAUUAGCAAUAUAAGAUCUCCUUUUCCAGUUGCAA